GAAAGAUUGUGCAACAUUACUACAUUUGUUUACUUAUUUUCAGCUGCAUAUGGAGUCUAUAACCAGUUUGUUAGUGAAGCUUAAGUUCUUCCUUGUCGUUUUUCUGGGGUUUACUGGAAGACAAGUUAAUUGAGUCGCUUUAAAAAAAAGAAAUCACUUCCCAGGAGCAAAACUAAGUAUCGUCAAGUUAAACGAAGUUUAUGCAAACAGAAACAGGAUGAUGCUAAUUUCACAGUAAAACAAUGACGUCUUAGAUGUAAGAUUUGAUCCUGAGGCAGAGUAAAAAACAAACAAAAACCUAUGUAAUGUAUGUAGAGUAUGUGCAUCUUGUUAAAAAAGGAAAGUGAACCUCCAAGAUGCUAGCGCAACUUCCAAACAUUUCGAUUUUGAUUUGUCUAGAUGCAUUUACAGACAUUUAAUCCUGUUCCGAUAAAAUGUAUGACUUUCUCUUAUAUUCUAAUAAUUUCUGUUUCAUCUCGUCUCUUCAUUAAAGCAGAAAUGCAACCGCAAAUCAAGGCAAUUAUUUUGAAAGGUGUGCCCGGAAGUGGUGUGUUUGACGCUGACUAGCUAAACUUCAGAAUGAACCCGACAAGAAGAAAACCCGUUAGUUUGUAGAGGAGAAAACUGACGGUCCAUGUCUUGUCCACACAUAUCCCCCCGCUGACAAAGUUAUUAACAGCAAUGUCGAGAGAAAACACCACUCGAAGUUUGGACAGCAUAGACCUCGCUACUUUAAGAGAUCCAGCAGGUAUCUUUGAGUUGGUGGAGGUGGUUGGCAAUGGAACUUACGGUCAGGUGUACAAGGGUCGUCAUGUCAAGACAGGCCAACUGGCAGCUAUCAAAGUCAUGGAAGUCACGGAGGAAGAAGAAGAGGAGAUAAAGCUGGAGAUCAACAUGUUGAAGAGUUAUUCCCACCAUAGAAACAUCGCUACUUAUUAUGGAGCUUUUAUUAAGAAAGGUCCUGCUGGACAGGACCAUCAACUCUGGUUGGUGAUGGAGUACUGUGGAGCCGGCUCUGUCACAGACCUGGUGAAGAAGACAAAGGGCAACUGUCUGAAGGAGGACUGGAUAGCUUACAUCUGCAGAGAGGUGCUAAGGGGUCUUUCCCAUCUUCACUCCCAUCAUGUGAUUCACAGAGACAUUAAGGGACAAAAUGUUUUGCUCACGGAGAAUGCUGAAGUCAAACUGGUUGACUUUGGAGUGUCGGCACAGCUGGAUAAGACGAUUGGUCGGAGGAACACCUUCAUCGGCACUCCCUAUUGGAUGGCUCCGGAGGUCAUCGCCUGCGACGAGAACCCUGAGGCCACAUAUGACUACAGGAGUGACCUCUGGUCUUUAGGCAUCACUGCUUUAGAGAUGGCUGAAGGAGCUCCUCCCCUGUGUGACAUGCAUCCAAUGAGAGCGCUGUUUUUGAUUCCACGAAACCCUCCACCCAGACUUAAAUCAAAGAAAUGGUCGAAGCGCUUCUUGUCGUUUGCUGAUAGUUGUCUGGUGAAGAACCAUCUGCACCGACCCACCACCGACGCCCUGCUGAGACACGCCUUCAUCAGAGAUCUGGCCAAUGAGAGACAAGUUCGCAUCAUGCUCAAAGAUCACCUGGACAGAACCAGGAAGAAAAGAGAGAAAGAGGGUCCAGAGUACGAGUACAGUGGCAGUGAAGAAGAUGAUGAUGAGGUGACAGAGGAGGAAGGAGAACCCAGCUCCAUCGUGAAUGUUCCCGGUGAGUGGACGUUGAGACGGGAGUUUCUCCGUUUACAGACUGAGGAUCGUGAAGGGGGCAGAGAGGGAGGCCACAGAGGCGGAGGGGGUCAACAAAGACAACAGGCCUUACAGCAGCACAGGCAGCAGUUGGCGGAGCAGGAACGAUACAAGCAGCACUUACUGGCCGACCGACAGAAGAGGAUCCAACAGCAACACGAGCAGCGGCAAAAGAUAGAGGAUCAGCAGAGGCGGCAGCUGGCAGACUGCGCCUUUCAGUGGGCGGAGCUUCAGGAGAUCUUGGUCGGGGAGGAGUCUGAUCUCCAAGACAACAGAAUCCUACUGGAUGAAAGAAACAGGAGGAGUGACAGGAGACAGCAGGACCAGGCAGGCAGACAGCGGAGUGUCGAUGUGUCAGUAAGGCCUCUGGACUCCGCCGCAGAGCAGUUUGUGUGAAGGGAACAAUAUAAUGAUGAAAACUAUAUUCUAUAUGGCGGCAUCGUGUUCAUGAGAUGCACAUUGUAAAUGAUUAAUUAGUUGAAUAAUUGAUUAGUUAAUUGACAUAAAAUGUAU